GGCGGCGCGGGGCGAUGGCGGCCGCGGGCGCGUUCAGCCUGAGGGAGGUCCUGGACGCCUUCCGGGGCUGCGUGACCGAGCGGCGGGAGGUGCUGCUGGAGCCCUACCUGAGCGGCUGGUGGGGGCUCAUCCGGUUCCUGCAGAGCCUCGGCGCCGUCUUCGGCUUCAUCUCCAGGGACGCCGUGGCCAAGGUGCAGAUCAUGGAGCGGCACCGCCGCGGGGAGCAGGGCCGGCACUACGAAUCGCUGCAGUCCAUGGUGGAGUUCGAGCUGUCCCAGGGGCCGGGCGAGCUGCGGGGCCGCCCCGACUCCGGGUGCCGGACGGUGCUGCGGCUGCACCGCGCCCUGCUCUGGCUGCAGCUCUUCCUGGAGGGGCUGCGCACGGGGCACAGGGAGUCCCGCACCGCCGCCAUCUGCACGGACUCCUACAACGCCUCGCUGGCCCAGCACCACCCCUGGGUGGUCCGCAAGGCCGCCACGCUCGCCUUCUGCGCCCUGCCCUCCCGCGACGCCUUCCUGGAGGUGAUGAACGUGGGGCCCCCCGAGCAGGCCGUGCACAUGCUGGGGGAGGCCAUUCCCCACAUCCAGAGCGUCUACGGCAUCACCCAGGAGCUCUUCGCCCGGCACAGCCUGCUGGACCUGCCCUGACAGGAGGAGGGCCCAUCCCAGCAGGACUGGGGGGGGAAAAUCAGGGGUUUAACUGGUUCUCUGCACCUCCACUCUUCCCUUCCCCCACUCAGCCAAGCUGCUCUGGGUGCCUCACCUUACGAAACACGUACCAGGGGUUUUUAUAUCUAUUUAUGUGAUACAUGUAAAAUACAUAUCAUACAUGUAUUUUAUGUCUGUGUCAGUGUGUGUGUGGGGCAGAGGGGGCUCCCCAAAGGCUUCCUUUCCCUUCCCAGCAGGGAGCUGGACAAGCUAUUCAGGGUGCUUCACUUUGUGACAGAAAAAGAUGUACCUUUUUUUUUUUUCCCUGUGUGUGUGGUGCACGUAUAUACAUGUAUGACCUGUAUUUUAUACCUGUGUCAGUGUGUGUGUGGACCUCGAGGCUAAAAAGAGAACUCACAGCACUGUGAGCUGCUCAAGGGAUUCCUUUUUUUUUUGUUGCUGGAGUCACCUCCAGCUCUCCAGCCAGGCUGGGAGGGGAGGUGGUUUCUUUUUGAAGCCAAACCCUGCCAUUGAGCAGCUUCUGUGCAUUUAACGCCAGUAGCUGUGGCCUUGUGUGACAGGAGGUGGGUUCUGAACACAUUUACACUCCACCUGAGCUCCCCUGGCCACUUCUGUUUAUCAGCUUUAUCAAAACAGGGGGGGUUUGCCCCCCUGUUGUGCUUUAACCUCGAGAAUAUAACCCUGAGUAAAGGCUGUGUGGUCCCACCCCCCCACCUGAGCUCUGCUGCUAAUCCUGCAUCCCCUGGAGCUGAAGGAGCUGGGGGGAAGAUGUGGAUCCCUCUCAGCAGCACCUCUGUGCCGCUUCCCCUGCCCAUUAAAUCCAUGCUCUCUGCACUUGGGAUGUGGAUCAGUUUUUAAUCUGCACAGCCUGCACCUGAGCUGGGUUCCAGCCACGCUUCUAUGUUGUGUGCUCACGUGGUGGUUGUUUCUUUUUUGUUAAUGAAUGUGUUAAAUGCCUACAAAAAGGAUUUCUCUGACUGGGGAGAAAUCCAGACUUGUACUGUAAAUCACUACGUGGCUCCUACUGCAAAUCACUGUAACAGCCAAAGGAUGCAAAAUGGAAUUUACUGAGCUGCUGGAAAGCUGAGAAAGCACUACAUGUUUAGUCCAGGGUGAUGGGAAUAUUUGGGGGAGGAGGGUUCUCACAAUGUUCUGAUUGUACCUUUUGGGCAUAAUGUAGGGAAUCACUGUUACCUCCUGGAGACUGGACUAACUGCACAUAAAAUUAUGUGAAUAA